AUGCAAGACGGAGAUAUGGUGCAGGGACUGGUGCCCAAAGUCGGUGAGAGACGAGAAGAUAGUUCUAAAACUCUAUGUCGGUCUGAAAACCAAGGCCAAACAUCUGUGCUGCCCGUGCUGACCGUGCUGCCCGUGCUGCCCGUGCUGCCCGUGCUGCCCGUGCUGCCCGUGCUGCCCGUGCUGCCCGUGCUGACCGUGCUGCCCGUGCUGCCCGUGCUGCCCGUGCUGCCCGUGCUGACCGUGCUGCCCGUGCUGCCCGUGCUGAUCGUGCUGACCGUGCUGCCCGUGCUGCCCGUGCUGCCCGUGCUGCCCGUGCUGCCCGUGCUGCCCGUGCUGCCCGUGCUGCCCGUGCUGAUCGUGCUGACCGUGCUGCCCGUGCUGCCCGUGCUGCCCGUGCUGCCCGUGCUGCCCGUGCUGCCCCAGGACAUCUUCCAUCCCAUAAUAAGGCAGUGGCAGCAGUGGCCCAGAGCUGCCCACACUGUGGACCCCUCCAGCAGCCCUGACCUCAGCCUCUUCACACGCCUGCCAUCCCAUAGUGGUCGCCAUGGAGACGUCUCUCGCCCGCCAUCCCAUAGCGGUCGCCAUGGAGACGUCUCAAGUCCGGGACUGAGCUGGGAGGAAGUGGGAAUGUCCACAUUAGAGUUGGAUUCAGGACGAGUCAGAAAAAUCUUCUCGAGCAGUUCGAGCAUUUCUUGA